ACCGGGAGCGACACGCGCCCGUAGCGGCCGUAGCGGGCUGGGCGCGCGGUUCUACUGGGCGGCCGCUUCCCGUGUCCCAGAGCAACGCAGCUCUGCGCCAGCAGCUCCCGUCCCUCGGGGGUCUGCGGUAGCGAGCGCGGCGCACUUCCUGGCGCACCGGUGCGGCCCCCUUGGUGUGGCGGGCACUGCGGGAGGGCUGGUGACCGCCGAGAACAGGCCCCCGACCCCGCGACCCAUCGCGGGCCGCAUCCCGUCGAGCAGCCGCGGUCGCCGCUCUCGGCUUCAGGUGGACGAACUUUGACCGGGCCGCGCCCGCCCGCCCCAGGGCGCGGCGGGGGGCUCCGAGGAGUGGGUCCCGGUGCGGAGCCCGCCCGUCCCGGCGCAGCCGCCCCUCCGGCGCUGUCCGGCGAGCGGUGCUGAAAGCGGCGGAGGCUGGGUGGGGCGGGGCGGGGCGGGGCAGCCAAGCAGGUGGCGGUGCCGCCAGGCCCCCCCGUGCCCCGCCGGCUCCCCGCCCCCCGCCGCCGUUCCCGUUCCCAUUCCCAUUCCCGUUCCGAUUCCCCUCACGUCCGCUGCCCGCCCCGGCGCGCUUGCUCCGCCGCUCCGACAUGGCCAGCACCUUCGCCCGCGCUCUCUCCGCUCGCCGCUCCGCCGGCCUCCUGGCCAUGGUGGGCGCCGGCUCUCUCGCCGCCGGCUUCCUACUCGCCCGGGACUCGGUCAGCGCGGGCGAGCGUCAGCGUCGGCGAUACCCGCCCAGUGCUGAGUACCCCGACCUGCGAAAGCACAACAACUGCAUGGCCAGCAACCUGACGCCAGCCAUCUACGCCAGGCUCUGUGACAAGGCAACCCCAAAUGGCUGGACCUUGGACCAGUGCAUUCAGACUGGUGUGGACAACCCUGGCCAUCCCUUCAUCAAGACUGUGGGCAUCGUAGCUGGUGAUGAAGAGACCUAUGAGGUGUUUGCCGACCUGUUUGACCCCGUGAUUCAGGAGCGGCACAAUGGAUACAACCCCCGCACCAUGAAGCACGUCACAGACCUGGAUUGCACAAAGAUCAAGUUUGGCCAGUUUGAUGAGCGCUAUGUGCUCUCGUCCCGGGUCCGGACUGGGCGCAGCAUCCGUGGCCUGAGCCUGCCGCCAGCCUGCACGCGCGCCGAGAGACGAGAGGUGGAGAAGGUGGCCGUGGACGCGCUGAGCGGCCUCACCGGGGACCUGGCGGGCCGGUACUACCGCCUCAGCGAGAUGACCGAGAGCGAGCAGCAGCAGCUCAUUGACGACCACUUCCUCUUUGACAAGCCGGUGUCCCCGCUCCUGACAGCAGCAGGAAUGGCUCGGGACUGGCCUGACGCACGAGGGAUCUGGCACAACCACCAGAAGACCUUCUUGAUCUGGAUCAAUGAGGAGGACCACACACGUGUCAUCUCCAUGGAGAAGGGGGGCAACAUGAAGCGCGUUUUUGAGCGGUUCUGCCGGGGCCUAAAGGAGGUGGAGCGGCUAAUCCAGGAACGAGGCUGGGAGUUCAUGUGGAAUGAGCGGCUGGGUUACAUCCUGACCUGCCCCUCUAACCUGGGCACAGGGCUGCGAGCAGGCGUCCACAUCAAGCUGCCACUGCUCAGCAAGGACAGCCGCUUCCCUAAGAUCCUAGAGAACCUGCGGCUACAGAAACGUGGGACAGGUGGUGUGGACACUGCAGCCAAAGGCGGCGUCUUUGACAUCUCCAACCUGGAUCGUCUGGGGAAGUCAGAGGUGGAACUGGUGCAGCUGGUGAUCGAUGGUGUGAACUACCUGAUCGACUGUGAGCGGCGGCUGGAGAAGGGGCAGGAUAUCCGCAUCCCCUCGCCGCUGCAGCAAUUCCGGCACUGAGCGCGGCCACGGCAGCGCCAGCGCUGUGGGACCCAGGUCCCCCUGUAGCUUGUGCGAUCUCUGUGCCCAGCAUGUCGCUGCAUCCUGUAACCCACAAUGCGUCAGGUCAGACCCCAUAAACAUGCGCUGCUGUA